AAUGACAUACAAGAUCUGCCCAGAGUAUCUUAAUACAUCUUACUGCUUUAACAAUGGCUUCUGAUGAAUGGAAACUUGAAAUCUGACUAUUACAAGUAAACAGUAGGCAUAAUAUUAGCACACAAUUUGAUGUUUAUACAACGUGAACACAGUUAAUCUGUUCAACUUUUUCUGUUACUUUAGCUAUAUUUUCGUAAAUGGAUACAGAACCAUCCACCAUUGUUAUGUUCAUAUCGGAUUGUUUCGUAUUAUAAAAUGUGUCAGGUACGUCUUUGUUAUUAAGUCAUAAUCUGUCGAUCAAGAUUACGAUCGUCAAAUAUAACGAACACAAUUAAAUCAGCGGUUUUUUUUAUGUAACAAAGUGUAUACAUGCUGGUUUGAAGUGGCCGCCCAGCUGGACUCGUCCGUUUAAAGACCUUUAAUGUGAUAUAUAAAGACGCAGAUUAGUGAAACUAAAGAGGGAUAAAACCCGUAUACAGAAAUGAUACCAUCGUGUAAGUAAUGUUACGCGAAUGACAAAACUAGUACCGUUUUUAUCUUGCAACCAAACGCAACGUGUGAAUAACCGUAUUACUAUGGGAUUAAACAAAUUAAUACAAAAAAUGGUUGCAAUCGUGAAAGUAAUGUUACGCGAAUGACCAACUAUUACCCUUUUUUUCUUACGACCAAACGCAGCGUGUGACUUAGCGUAUUACGAACGCUUGGUUCCUAAGACGCCGGUGAUUACUUGGACAUUGGCAAUGAACACCAUCUGAACAUUAAAGGACACUUGGUGAGGAUGUUAAGAAAACUACGGCGAUUUGUCAAACUGACCGUGCUUCUGGCCGGUCUGAUAUUGACCAUGACCCUGGUGGCUGGCCCCGGUUUUCUUGCAGGUAAAGGGGACUUUGUAAACAGAGACUCUUCGGACAGAAGAUUACAAAUGACACAGGACGUCCAGAAUAUCAAUACCUCAAAAGGACUUCAGCCAGUUGUGCCUGUUCGGGUAUCAAACAAGGCGCUGCUAUCGUCAGACGGCUACCGCCUUGCCAAGCGUCUCAGUGACAAAUGUGUUGGCUAUAGCAGACGACAUAUUUCAAACCAAAAAAGAGGCUGUGUUUGCGUCAUUCCGUACCGGAAGUACUGA